GCACGGACACCGCCCGCCCGGCGCUGCAGAACCCUCUCUCUCCCCCAGGUGUGACAGGCACAUUCUUCUCUCUCUCAGGAUUUUUUUCAUAGAGGAGCACAGAGAGAAGAAAGAGAAAAUUUCUGUUUCUGCUCCUUGCUUUUCCCAUGUGGAAUGUGUUUGGAGAAUUGUUUACCUGGGGUGAUGGCUUGAUUGGACUCUGGUGAGGAUUGUUUGAGCCUGAUGGCCAAUCAAAUCCACCUGUGGCUGGACUCUCAGAGAGGGGCACGAGUUGUGAGUUAGUUAGAUACGGUAGUUAGAAAAAGUAGGUUCAUAGUUUUAGUAUCUCCUUUAAAUAGUCUAUUAAAGUAUUAUAGUACAGUUAUAACAAAGAAAUCAUUCAGCCUUCUGAACUGGAGUCAGACAUCAUCAUUUCUUCCCACUGGGUUCACCUGCAUUUUCAAUACCCAGGGACCAGGCUGAAGCUGACAUCGCCUGCCAGGUCUAGGCUUCAACGUGCCAGCGGGGCUUCGCAGCAGGCACAGCUUUCCAGACUUCUCAAACUCGCCCCCCAGCACAGAGCGAUGGAAAGUAAUUCUGCACCUGCCAGUUGCGUCAGGCGAAGCAGGGAGCACGUGGGUUAGGGUGCUGCAUCGAGAAGGGGAAGGGCUUGGGCUGCAGCCUGGCUGGGGACAGUGGAGAGUCCAUGUGAGCGGCACAGGUAGGAGCCUAGGAAAUAUUCUCAUACCCCGAGGGGUGUGUUAACACUGUCUGGCCUCCAGCCUCCAGUGUGGGCUGGCAGCCUGUUGACUUUGAAGCCUUCAUGCCGUGGUGUUGUGGGGUCACAGCGUACUGGUGCCUGUGUGCCUAGGGUAGGCAGCCUGGCUGAGCCCCGGGCUGCCUGAAGAAGGUGCAGUGGAGCUGCUUGGGACUAGCGGCCUCUGUGUUUACUGUCCACUACAGCUGCUGCCAAGGUUGGGAGUCCUAAACAGCCCUCCUCAAGGCUCUCUACGGAAAUUCCUACCGUGGCUUCCCGCUCCUCACUGCGGCCUCCAGAAAAGAUGAUUCCAUCCAAGCGUUUUUGCCUCAAUAAAGAUCAACUACACAGGAGCUGGUGUGCAGUAGGACCCAAAAGCUGAAGGAAAAUGGUGAGAGCAAAGAAAGGCUGGUUGCAGCAAGCAUUGUCUUGGGAGCAGGUGAACAGUACGGAGGUGUAGAUUAUUGCUUUGUGUUGUGGGGGGUGUGGAGAAACACAGGCAGCUGCUUAUGGGGGGCAGUGCUGCUCCCCAAAUGAGCCCUGGCUCAGGUGUGGUCCUGGCUGAGAGUGCUCCAGCCUGUGCUGCAGGCAGGGGGUGCUGCCUUCACAGGAACUGCAGCUGGGCAGCCCUGCAGAGGGAGGGGAGGCGAGGAGGCUCUCCCCACUCUGCUGUGACAGCCUGUCCCACCCUGCCCGGGCAGCUGCCUGACCUUACUGUGAGAGCAGACUCCUAGCAGGAGCCCAGAGCUGCUGGGAGCAAGGCCAUGCAGGAACACUUUCUCCCAGCAGCACCCAUACAGGCCAAGCCAGCAGCAGCUGUUGGGCUGGAAGUGCUGGGAGACUUCUGACUGUCUUGGACAGGUUCUGUCCUUCCCCGAUCGGGAGCAGUUCUGUGGCCAGGUUGAAGAGCAACUGAGGAUGGCAGGUUUCCAGUGCUGGCACCUCUCUUCACAGGUAUAAAUGACCAGACAUGGGUGUGUGCAGAGUCCUCUUUGUCCAGAGAGUUGGCCCCUGGCCUGACUUCAGGGUGUGAAGAUACAGUCCCUGCUGAGCAGGUAUGAGCCAGCUGUGUCCUGUCACCAUGGAGCACUGCUGAGUCUCUGGCUUGGGCCAGCUAUGCCAGAGGUAGGAGAUGAUGAGAUCUGGACCUGCCAAUUUCUGGCUGGCACUUGAGCUGUUUCAUCCUUUCUCUGGGGCUUACACAAGACCAUGGGCAUUAUUUGAAUGGCUUUACCACCUCUCUAUGCUCAAGGGCCUGCAGGCUUCUGUCCAGUUAGAUUUUCUAAGGGCCUUUUGAAAAACUCAAACUUCCUGUGGCUUGUGUUGUCACUUUUAUAUGUCCUGCCAUGUAGGACAUGGCCCCAGGAUGGGGUGUGCAGAGCCUGCAAGAUGAAUCUCCAAGUUAGGAAAUCUCCUACCUACAAAAUAAGUGUAUGCAUUUUCCAGGAGUUUUAGGGCUCUUCGUUUUGUGGCUGCAGCCAGCCAAAGGCAUUCUUGUUUCCUACAGGUGCUGGCAGACUCGCUACAGCGGCUCCUUUGCCAGGCACGGCUCCUGUGAUGGAUGUGCCCUGGCAGUGGUCCCCAGGGUGCUGGGCUUGGAGUGUUGCAUGGGCUGCAGUGCUCCUCCAGAGGAUGAGCUGUGCUGUGGCUGUGUUGUGGUGGGGGUGCAACUCCCUGCAUCACACUUGCCCCCUGCUCUUGCCAGUCUGCAGGUGAUCAGCUGUCCCAGGAACUCAAGCAUGUGAAGAAAGAGCUGGAACAAGCGAAGGGUGAGCUUGGUACGUGUUCUGAGGACUGCAGGACACCUGCAGUCCAGGUGACAUCCCCUGCUUGUACCUGGAGCCCAGGACCUGCAGCUCCAUGGGAGUGGAGCUGGCUUCAUGUUUAGGGGGUAGAGCAGGAUCUCAGCUGCUGCCCUAGAGAGUCUGGGUGUGAAGUAUUUAGGAUGGGCUGAGCACACACCUUCUUGCCUCCUGUCUGCAGCUGACAAGAUUGCCCAGUGUGCAGCCUAUCAGCAGACAAUCUCCUCCUUGCAGGCUCAGCUCAGAGCAGCAGGAAAGAUUCCUAUUUUCAGACAGGAAUCUGUCUGAAAGAUGCAGCAGUGUUCAACGGUGGUGACCUGGGGAGAGACUGACAGCUGGGACAUGGGGACAGAGCCUCCGGGGCUUUUGACCAGCUGAGCUUCACUGAGGAGAAGACGAGAUGUUGGGGGAAAAAAUGACCGGUUUUGGGAAGAAGCUGAUCCGCCGGCGCACGGUGGACCUGAGCUCCGAAGACACACAUUUUGCUCGUUGCCUCUCCACACUGGACCUUGUGUCCCUGGGUGUGGGCAGCACGCUAGGGGCUGGUGUGUAUGUGCUGGCUGGGGAGGUAGCCAAGGAGAUGGCUGGUCCCUCCAUCGUCCUCUGCUUCCUGGUGGCUGCUUUCUCCUCUGUGCUGGCUGGACUCUGCUAUGCGGAGUUUGGGGCCCGCGUCCCCAAGGCUGGCUCUGCGUACCUCUACAGCUACGUUACCGUUGGUGAGAUCUGGGCUUUUAUAGCCGGGUGGAACCUCAUUCUCUCCUACGUGAUAGGUACAGCCAGCGUGGCUCGAGCCUGGAGUGCAACAUUUGACAACCUCAUCGGCAACCACAUCUCCACCUUCUUCGCCAGCAAGAUCCCGAUGCACCUGCCAGGAGUGCUGGCCGAGCAUCCAGACUUCUUUGCGUUGAUUCUGAUUUUGCUGCUUACUGUACUGCUGGCUUUUGGUGUCAGCGAAUCUGCCCUUGUGAACAAAAUCUUCACGGCGGUGAACCUGUUGGUGCUGAGCUUUGUUAUCAUUGCUGGCUUCAUCAAGGGAGACAUCAAGAACUGGCAGCUUUCGGAGGAGAAUUGUGUCAACUGCUCACUGCCAGACCCACCGGAUGACAUGAAAAAAGCUUUUGGCUCUGGUGGGUUUUUCCCCUUUGGACUGGAAGGGAUGCUGACCGGCGCUGCCACCUGUUUCUAUGCCUUCGUGGGCUUUGACUGCAUUGCCACCACAGGGGAGGAAGCCAGGAACCCACAGCGCUCGAUUCCCAUUGGCAUCAUCGUGUCCCUCCUCAUCUGCUUUGUGGCUUAUUUUGGGGUUUCUGCAUCCCUAACUCUCAUGGUGCCCUACUUCCUCCUGAACAAGAACAGCCCUCUGCCUGAGGCUUUCAAGGCGGUUGGCUGGGAGCCCGCCCGCUACGCCGUCGCCAUUGGCUCACUCUGUGCCCUCUCCACCAGCUUGCUGGGCUCCAUGUUUCCCAUGCCCCGAGUGAUCCAUGCCAUGGCAGAGGACGGGCUGCUCUUCAAGUUCCUCUCCCGGAUCCACAGCGGCAGAAAGACCCCUCUGAUCGCCACCUUUGUCUCGGGGUUCUUCGCAGCGGUGUUUGCCCUCCUGCUUGACCUGAAGGACCUGGUGGACCUCAUGUCGAUCGGCACGCUGCUGGCCUACUCCCUGGUGGCGGUGUGCGUGCUCAUCCUCCGGUACCAGCCCAGGCAGCCAAACUCCCCGAAGGCCAUGGAAAUGCUGGAGCUGAAUGGGAAUGAGGAGGAGAGAGUGAUCAUGAACCCAACCAUCACUGCUGCCAGCGCCCAGCACAAAGAGACGACAUCCCUGGCCAUGCUCUUCAACCCGCCUGGGGACACCCCCACUGUGCUCUCGGGGCGCAUUGUCUAUGUCUGCGUGGCGGUCAUUGCCAUACUGAUCACAGUCAUCUGCGUGGUCCUGACCCUCAAUGUGGUUGCGCUGAAGGAUGCCAAUGUGGGCUGUGUUGUGGCUCUGGUGCUGCUCCUCGUGGCUCUGCUCGUUUUCACCAUCAUCAUUUGGAGGCAGCCGCAGAGCAGUGCACGGUUAAACUUCAAAGUACCUUUCCUCCCACUCCUGCCAAUCUUCAGCACCUUCAUUAACAUCCUGCUGAUGGUACAGCUGAGUGCGGGCACCUGGGCGCGGUUUGCAGUCUGCAUGGUUGUGGGUUUUAUUAUUUACUUCACCUAUGGGAUUUGGAACAGUGUGGAAGGGAAAAAUGCAGAAAAAGCCUGUGCCACAGUAGAAAAACCUCUGCACCAUCCUGGACUGGACCUCAGCCCCGGGGCUGCUGCGAUCUGAGAGCCUGGGGGCCUGUGCUUCAUGGACCUCUUUGCCACUUCGGGACAAGAUCAUCCAUCCUCUCUCCUGCAGAGACUGAGUCCCAGAGUGAAGUACUAAGGUCUGAACAGCAGGCCCUGAGCCAAAGCUGACCUAGGAUGAGCAUUCCAACCAAAUGUUGUACGUUUCCACUAAUUAACAAAGUAUUGUUAUAUGUACUUACUUAUUGGCAAAACGUGUUCACCUUUCUGUAUCUAGAAACAGGAUAAGGCCACAUCUGGCCUAAUUAGGUAUAGGAUCAAAGACAAUUCCCUUGGAUCCUCCUUGAGCCCUGGCCAGGCUUUGGGAGAAAGCUGACAGGAAAAUGAAACUAGAAAUUAUCUCAGCUGGUUUGUUUAGCAGUGUAAAAACCGUACCACUGUCACAGCAACGUGGGGGAGCCUCGUGGCGUGCAAAGGAGGAGGCACUGCAGGAGUUCCAGUUCCUGGUGUGGUUCUCCAGUCCUUGGCUGGGACAGCUUCCCCCCAGAGCUGAUGUCUCUCGGGCUUGGAUGAUGCAUCAUCAUUGGGGUAACUGGUGAGGUAUCUUAAUCACUGUAGACAUUCUUUCCUAGCAAUGAUUAGCAUUGCUUAGCUUGUCCCUUUGUAAUUCUUUGCUCAUGGUUAGGUGCUUUGCUUAGCUUAUCCUUUUGUGAUUCUUUGCAGUUUUCCAUCACAGUAAAUGCCACUGUUCCUUAAGUUGGUGUCUGCGUCUCUGACCCUACUCACCAGCAAAACAAAAUCAGUGUAGUCAGCAGGGUCAGAACAAUUUGCUUUUAAAAUCUAAAUGAAAGUAAUCAGUCCUGUCCAAAAUUCCCAGAUGGGAAGACCUUCCAUACAGUUCCCUGGUCCUCAAGUGGGCUAUGGUUGGAGGACCAUGUGAGCAAUGGGGAAGUCAGUUAAAAGAAGUUGAACUGCUGGAUAUAUUGAAAUGCAUCCAAAAAUUGCAUACUGAAAAAAGAAAAGAACUUGUGGAUUUGGAAAGGCAAGGAUGGAUUUUGUUAACAGUAUAUCAAACAAAACACCAACAAAAGGAACAGUUGUUGAAAUGUUCUAACACAGACCAACAGAUGUGAGUUGCAGAAUCAAAUUUUAAUGCUAAAAGGCCAAAAUAAGCUGCUUGCUGAUAAGUUGGAUUUACCAGAUUUGCUGAGAAGGCUGCAGUUAGAGUAGCUCAGUAUAAGGAAAGGAAGGGGGCAAGUCAAUCACAGGAAAAUGCAUGCAGUGAUUGCAGAGGCAGGUGUGCAGUGGGAUCCUGAUAAACGGAAUGGAGAUGUUUGGGAUUCUGUGGAUUCUGAUGAGGUUGGUUCCUGAGAUGAAUUUGUAGAUGUGAGACCAGCAUGGAGAUGAAAGGUGUUAUUAGAUCCUAAUGGUCAGGAGGGAUACUCAUAGAAUAUUAUACUCAGCAUGAAGUAAAUUAAAUAUUUGAACAGUUUAGGAAAAACCAGGGGAACCUCUUUUCUCCUGGAUGGUGUGCUUGCAUGAUCUAGGAGUAUCAGGGAUAACUUGGGGGACUCUAAGUUUUUAGUUUGAGUUUGGAUUCUUCUGUGCAGGAUGCAUUUUGGAAUAACAUUCACAAUACUAAUUUGUUAGCUUUGGCUGCUUUGGAUGUAAUACUAAAUACCCUGCAGAAAAUUAAUGGCCAAGAUCUGAAAGUCAGCGGUACACUUUGUGAGACUGUGUACAACGAGAUGCACAAGUCUCUUGUAUUUUGUAUUUGUAGAUAACGUUACUGAAGAUACAACUAGUCACUCCAAUAUUUGUACCUGUAACUUUAUUGUAAUGACACGAUUUUAGUUAUUUAUUUUUUAUUUCUAUUUUUAAAUGAAGAUUUUUAGUUUUUUACCUCCUGUUAUAUCCUGUCAAUUUUUGGAAUCUAACUAUACCCUGAUUCAAGACUUGCAGUUACUGCCAUUGGUAUGAACUGGUAAAGGUACUGUUCCAACACACAGACCUGAGGCUUGCUGAAACAAGCCCAGGAGAAUGGAUAAAAGGCUUUGAUUGCUGUCCAUCAUGGCAUGGCAGAAAUCCAUCGUGUGAUGUAAGCACACAGUUUGGGUCACUGGGGCUGUGUGUGGCACAGUUUGUGUCACUGGCACUGGGGCUGUGUGUGGCACACAGUUUGUGUCACUGGGAUGGGGCUGUGUGUGGCACAGUCUGUGUCACUGGGAUGGGGCUGUGUGUGGCACACAGUUUGUGUCACUGGGAUGGGGCUGUGUGUGGCACAGUUUGUGUCACUGGGAUGGGGCUGUGUGUGGCACACAGUUUGUGUCACUGGGAUGGGGCUGUGUGUGGCACACAGUUUGUGUCACUGGCACUGGGGCUGUGUGUGGCACAGUCUGUGUCACUGGGAUGGGGCUGUGUGUGGCACAGUCUGUGUCACUGGGAUGGGGCUGUGUGUGGCACACAGUCUGUGUCACUGGGAUGGGGCUGUGUGUGGCACACAGUUUGUGUCACUGGGAUGGGGCUGUGUGUGGCACAGUUUGUGUCACUGGGAUGGGGCUGUGUGUGGCACACAGUUUGUGUCACUGGGAUGGGGCUGUGUGUGGCACAGUUUGUGUCACUGGGAUGGGGCUGUGUGUGGCACAGUUUGUGUCACUGGGAUGGGGCUGUGUGUGGCACACAGUUUGUGUCACUGGGAUGGGGCUGUGUGUGGCACAGUUUGUGUCACUGGGAUGGGGCUGUGUGUGGCACAGUUUGGGUCACUGGGAUGGGGCUGUGUGUGGCACAGUUUGUGUCACUGGGAUGGGGCUGUGUGUGGCACAGUUUGUGUCACUGGGAUGGGGCUGUGUGUGGCACAGUUUGGGUCACUGGGAUGGGGCUGUGGCCCAGCCUCAUCCCCAGUGGGCACAGCUGUGAGGAGCAGGUGAGCAGCAUUGGCAGCAAUGAGCCAUGGAGUGCCCAGGGGCACUGAGCAACCACCAAAGGGAGCAGAGGGCACACAGAGCCAUGCAUGAACAUGAGGGUAUGAAAGGCUGGGCUGAAGAACACGAAGGGUGGGUGCUUGCAGCCUUCUGAGGUGGCCUGGUGUUACUCUGUAUGGGUUGAAGCUUUCUGAAAUUGUAUGUUUCUGUGUAUUGUGGCUGUCUCAACUGUGACAUGUGCUGUGACCUAUGCUGUGACAAUGUGAUGGAACAGGUGAAGAAAGAUGGAGAACACGGAUGGUGGGACAUUGUUUUUGGAUGGAUGCCUACAGGUACCAGAAUUCUCAACUGAGUGCUUCACCCUGGUGUUUUUUUAUUGAUGCUAAUCCUUUUGCUUCUUGUUCUGAUAAUUGCAUAGUAUGUUAAGGUUUGGAUGAUUACGAAACAAUUAGCUUACCAACUACCUCCACCGACAGCAGACAAUCCAUAUGGUACCAAAGCAUGAAAUGUUCUCAAGCUGUUUGGAUGUUGUAAAGCUUGAGUGACUAUAGUCACAGGGUGUAUUAUGUAGGAGAAUGACUGAGAACUCUGUGGACAGGUAACUGGCGGUCCAAUUAGGGGAAACUGAGGACUUAAAACAGUAUGGAAAUUACAGGAUAGGGAAUUCCACUAUUCCUACAUUUGGUGUCUGUGUCUCUGACCCUACCCACUGGCAAAACACAGAGUCAGGACUGCAGAGCUGGGUCAUGUGCUGCCUCCCCCUCCCAGGAAAAUGCCCAGGCUGGAUGGGAGUGCCCAGGGCUGGUCGCUGCCCUCCUCCAGUCCCGCAGAGGGGCACUGGCAUCAGCACAGCCCUCCAGCCAUGGAAGUGUUUUUCCCCGUGCCCAUGAGGCCCCACAUGAUGGUGCAGCUCAUUCCAUCUCUCACGUGGCUCUGUUCACCACCUCCUCCCUGCUUUCCAAGUGCCAGGCUUGUACGUGGCAGCCAUGCUGGAGCUCUGCAGGAAGGCUCACUGAAACUUGUUUUGGUACUGCUAGCAAACUGGUACUGCCCUGACCAUGCUGUUUGAUACAAAUAUCUUGCUCAAGUGUCUGUGAGAUGUCCUCAGUGUAACUAUACUUAUGUCCAACCUCAUGUGCUUUUCUAUAAUUUUAAAGUGAAUUUUUAAAUCUAUUAAAUUAAAUGUUUUAAAGUGC